CAGCAACUAUUCCUUCAACUCCUCUCUCAUCUUCCUUCUUCAGACAUGAAACCUAGAGAAUAUUGCUGUUGUGCUAUCCCGGUUAUCAAUGCUGGUAUCUAUGCGACCAUGAUUGAACAAUUUCUUGCGGGAAUCUUAGUCGGAAUUCUCUCAAUAUCAACACCACACAUUGUCGGAUCCGCUAUGCCGUCUUUUGCGGCUUUAGUCUUAGCAAUUGUCUGCUUCGUCAUGGCUGGUUUACAAGUUCUUGCUGUUAUUGGUGUGGCUAGGGAAAAACCCACACUAUUCCGUCGUUAUCUAACCUUACACAGUAUCGCGAUGUUCGGAGCAUUUGCUGUCGCAGCUGCUUGGAUCAUCAUCUCUGCAACCAAACACUCAACCGCUAAAUCGCGAUGUCUCUCCGACUUCUUUUCCAAUCCGGAUACCGAAUCCCAGGGCGACACAUUGUGCGAGAUAUUUUCUUGGGUGAGUGUUGGGGUUAUGGGGGGACUAUGGGCCGUGCUUGCGAUUAUGCAUGUCUAUCUAUACGUCGUACUUGUUACAUACAGUUCCGAACAGCAGAAGGAUCACAUCAGGUAUAACGCUCUUAAUGAUUCCACCAACGAAAACAUACCCAUGAACGAUCGCAACGACUGGGAUACCCGGCCUUCUCAGGAGUACAUGGAAGGGGAAUAUGCUCACGGAAGGCAGGGCAGUGCCGCCAGUGUGGCCGACAUCAUCAAUCAACCUACGCAUAAUCCUGAAGACGGCUUUUCCAAAACAUACUCUCGUCCAUACCCUCCUGAACGCCAAGUUUCUUCGGGAAGCGCGUUCCAUCCACCGACCAUCGCGUAUACGCAGGAUCCUGGUCCCACUCCCAAAUUUAAUGACGCCUAUUAUAUUGGCAAUCCAACAGCAGGUGUUGGACGUCCUGCACAAGCACAACCUCACCCUGCCGAGGGUUCUUUUGGACGAAAGACUCCACGUUAUGACCCUCGAUAUCAGUACAGUUAUUGAAACGGACUAUUCGUACUAAUUCUCAGGACAGUGCUAUUCACACGUCACGCUAUCUGUAUAUUUAUAUUGUCUUCGAGUCCUAAUCCGUGAUUACUGGGGCUACAUUCUCUUUGGGUGUGAGACAAAAGCGGUG